GCUGAGAUGGCGGGGGCGCCGCGCGGCGGAGGCGGCGGCGGAGGCGGUGCGGGCGAGCCCGGGGGCGCCGAGCGGGCGGCCGGGCCAAGCCGCCGGCGCGGGCUCCGGGCGUGCGACGAGGAGUUCGCUUGCCCAGAGCUGGAGGCGCUGUUCCGCGGCUACACGCUGCGGCUGGAGCAGGCGGCCACGCUGAAGGCGCUGGCGGUUCUCAGCCUGCUGGCGGGCGCGCUGGCGCUGGCGGAGCUGCUGGGCGCGCCGGGGCCCGCGCCUGGCCUGGCCAAGGGCUCGCACCCGGUGCACUGCGUCCUCUUCCUGGCGCUGCUCGUGGUCACCAACGUCCGGUCCCUGCAGGUGCCCCAGCUGCAGCAGGUCGGCCAGCUGGCGCUGCUCUUCAGCCUCACCUUCGCGCUGCUCUGCUGUCCUUUCGCGCUGGGCGGCCCCGCCCGGGGUUCCGCCGGGGCGGCCGGGGGACCAGCGGCCGCCGAACAAGGGAUUUGGCAGCUCCUUUUGGUCACCUUCGUGUCCUAUGCCUUGCUGCCCGUGCGCAGCCUGCUGGCCAUCGGCUUUGGGCUCGUGGUGGCUGCGUCGCACUUGCUGGUCACAGCCACCUUGGUCCCCGCCAAGCGCCCACGUCUCUGGAGGACGCUAGGAGCCAAUGCCUAGAGGGACAGGACUAGGGUUAGAGCUGGGCCAGGGAGGGUGACAGGUGGGGUGGUCCUCCUAGCACAGGGGUCAGGCUAUGUGAAGGCAGGGAGUGUGCUUUCCUGCCCCCUGCCGCGCCCAGGACUGGCAACUGGCAGGUAGUCUCCUCGUCCUUGGCUGGACAUGCUUCUGAGGUCAGUGUUGCUGCUGUCCUGGGCACAACCCCCAGCUCCUGUGCUCCCGUCUCUGGCUUUAGUCCUGCUGCAGCCUCACUGCUCCUUCCAGCCCCACAUUGCCCCCAGGCCCAUGUUUAGUGUUUAGGGAACAAUGGCAGGGGACAUCCAUUACCCUGGAACCUGCUCCCCGCCCCCUGUUUUUCUCAUAGAGUUGGGUGGUCCCCUGGUCCAUUUCCCUUCACCUCCUGGCUCAUCCUCCCUCAAGGGCAGUCAACUUUAACUUGAAAAAGCUUCCAGAAUUGCCCCUGUCAGAGCAGCUGAAAUGAGGGUGAGCAGGAAAUGGGCCUGGUCAAAAGAGAGGGAGAAUGGUCCUGGGCAUCGGGCCAGGGGCUCCCACCCACUCCACCUCUGAGAUGCUCCAGUGGGCCCAGGGGCUUUCCUCUGCCCCUCCACAAUGUGCCCUGUAGGGGCUGCACUGUGGAAGGAGCCCUAGACACGUGCUGAGUCUGGUCACACUGAUGGACAGUGGGCUGAGGGGCACGGGGCGGCUCCUUCACCGACCUGAGAAGAGCUAGGAGCAGACACAGGGGUGGAGUCUGCAGCUGCCGGGGCCUCCCUGCCUCUCUGCGCUGGUUCCCAUGACCCCACAGUGUUUGGUGCUGGGGGCUGGGGUGCUGGGGGAAUAAUGGCUCCCUUCCUCUGGGAAGCUGCAGUCUAUUGGGGAGACCCUGGUCAAUAACUCGGACUGCAGUCCCACGGGACAGGACAUUCAGGUGACCUUUGAAGGUGUGCACAGUGGACAGACCAGGCCUAACUGCUUGAGGAGGCCUCCCUGUGGAAUGGGCGCUCAGCCAGGAUUCCUGGGCCAAGCACAGGGACGUGAGAGUAGUGGGGCAAAACCACACUGAGGACUUGCCCUUUCUCCCAAGAACGGUGCCGAGCGUGGCCACAAGGAGGUGGAAGUGGGCUGGGGGCUGUGUUGGGACCUGAGGGGACCACUCAGCAAGCUCCUGUGGGUGUUGUCAGCCUGCCGCUGAAUUCCCCACCCCCGGCUUUUAGAGCUGUGUGCCUGCCCUUUUGGGGCUCACAGUGGUUUUAGGUGGAUGUCCGUCUCCUGUCACAUCUCUGAGGUCGGGAGGGCCAGGGAUCAACUCCUUAGCUUCACAGGUUCCUACAGAUGUCCAGAAACAUCCUUGGACCAUUUCCUUGCUCAGAUGGAAGCUGGUGGGCAUGUGAGA